AUGGACACGAUCUCUCUUAACAACAUUCCUUCCGAUAUUGCCCUCUGCAUCGCCGAUCACCUGGACCAGAAGAAGGAUCUCUUGGCUUUCCUUAAGACAACCCGCUCACUCUACCCAGUUCUGGCCCAUCACACCCUAUGGCGCUAUCGACAGGACGCCUUCCAGUAUGCUGUAAAGAACAGCCGACCAGAUCUCCUGGAGCGCGUGAUUCAUAUGCAUCUCGAUGUCAACGAGCGGCUCAGACCAGAUUACGAAACCCCAAUCUGCGCUGCCCUCAUGAAACUGGACAAGAGAACUGUCGAGCUGCUUUUGACAAAGCCAGACCUCAAGCUCAACAUCCGAGAGACUUCGAUGAUGAACAAGACUCCGCUUCAGUUCAUGACGUGGGCCGAAAGUGAGUCGAUGAUGGAGGCCUUGGUAUCGCACGAAGGAAUGGAUGUUGAAACGGCCUCGGCUGCACUCUGGGAAGCCUUUGAUAAUAAAUCCCUUCACGCGAUGAAGCUUCUAUUGAGACACAACGUUGAUCCAAACUUUCCUCGAAAAGGGAAAAUUCUGCUACGAGCUGCGUAUAGCUCUAGGUUUUUCAAGCUUUUUGAUCUUUUGAUCGAAGAUGAACGUGUUGAUCUCACUUUCUGCUGGUAUACAGAGUCCAGUCGGCAAAUGCCAAUUUUCCUUAGGUGGAUGAAAGAUUUCUCAAUGGAAAGGCUCACUCGCCUGUGGCAUCAUCGGGAUCGCAUUACCCGUCUUGAGAAUUUGGAUCAAGUUGAUAGUCUUGAGAACAAUGCCUUACUGCCCGUGCACAUUGAAGUGGAUCGGUUAGGGAACAAUGCCUUACACAUUGCAGUGGACAGAGGACAUUUUCACUGGAGCCAGUAUCUCUUCGAACGAUUUCCUGAAAUGGCUCAACAGUCCAAUUGCCGAUCCCAAACCCCGAUAAGGAUGGCUAUGGCGAAAAAGGACGAAUUCUGCGAUUUUCUCAUACGGACUAACCCCUUGAUCUUUGUGAUGCGCAAUGAUAAAGGAGAGGUUCCAAUAUUCGAAAUCAUUCGAAAGAAAGACCUCGACCUAUUCCAAAGACUGCAUUCCGUUCUCGGGGACUCCAUCUUCGAUUUACAAGACCCUUAUGGCCACUGUCCUAUCAUUCAAGCUGUUAUCCAUAGAUCUGAUGCAAUGGUCGCAGGGUUGAUCCGUCUCGGUGCUGAUCCCAAUGUAACAAAUACAGAUGGCCUCACUCCGUUGAUGAUUGCAGCACGAGAUAACAAUUUAUCUCUUGCCGACUCCUUGAUGGGUUUCAGAGACCGAGUGGAUUUUGACAGGGAAGAUCAACUGGGUUGGACAGCGUACAUCUGGGCGAGGUGGCCUCAAUACCGUCGUCGAAGGCAAACCUCGAAAGGCCACACGAAAAUGCAAGGAGUCCUCGAAGCAGGAGGUGUGGGAAAGGGUGCCCUGAAUCGGGUUGAGAAGAGAAGAUGGCCUAAGAGGAUGUGGCUAUCAAGCUCCGUACGCAAGCGCUUGAUUUGA